AUGAGGUCUGCUAAGACUACGGUGACUGCGGCCUUCUUUCUCGUGCUCCAUGUGAUCGCCAAAUCUAACAUCGGCUCCCACACCACCGUCCCCUUCACCACAAUCCCCGUUCCGCUCCGAGAUGGCCAAGUCCGCAUCCGCAGCGCCAUGAUCUCCUUAACGAACAACAACCUCUCCUACGCCCAACUCGGCACCCCGUUCAAAUGGUGGGACGCCUAUCCCGUCCCCUCUUCCCUGCCGGCUCCAUACAACGAUCGCGAUGCCUGGGGUAUCGUGCCAGCAUGGGGAUAUGCGGAGGUAGUGGAGAGUAAAGUCCCAGGACUCGAGGAAGGGGUGCUUGUUUGGGGAUUCUGGGCAACGGGGGAUCUGCCUAUUGACUUUCAGAUGGAGAAGGUGGAGGGGGUGGAGGGGCAGUGGGUGGAGGUUAGUUCCGCGAGGGCGGGGUUGAUGAGUUUGUACAACCGCUACUUCGUGCGGGAUGGGAGGACGAGGCUACAAGGGUUGGGGGAAGGGGAGGUGGAGAAGAUGGAGUGGGAGACGGCUGUGAGACCGGUGUGGGAGGCUGGUUAUUUGCUUAAUCAUGCGAUCUUUGGGAGGGAACAUAUCCAUCCUUCUGGGGAAGGGGAAUGGAGCUUAAAGGAUGCGAGCUUAAAGGACGCGGUUGUCGUUAGUCUUGCGGCUUCGGGGAAGACUGCCCUCGCGUUCGCGGAGGCGGCGGUGUGUGGGCGGGAAACUGGGGAGGGGCCAUUGGGGUUUCUGGCCGUUACGUCUGCUGGGAAGAAGGGGUUAGUGCCGGAGGGAAAAAGUCCGACAAUGACAGUGGAGUACGCGAGGAUGGCGGAGGAGAGCACGAUGGAGUGGAUCGAGGCUCAGCGGCCGAAGAAGAUCGUGUUGGCCGACUUUGGCGGACGAGGGAGCUCGCUGCAGGACUUGCAUCAGGCGCUCGCUCAGCGGUUUGAUGGGGUCGAGAUCAUGGUCAUCGGUGUAGGAGGGAACCCGGAGAUCAGGACUGCUGAGCAGUUGGGGCAGUGGGCACAGCAGAACGCGAUGAACUCCAGCUUCGAGCGGAUCAGGAUGAAUACUUCUGGUGUUCGAGAGACGCUGUUGAAGAAUGGAGAUGCUAAUGCCUACUUCCAGGGCGUUGAUGAGGCAUGGGGUCGCUUUCGGCAGAGUAGCUGCGUGAGCGACUUGAAGCUUCAGCUGGGCCACGGCAUUGCUGGGGAUGAUGGGUUUGAAGGGGGAUGGACGGCGAUUUGCGAAGGAAGGGUGAAGAGCGAUGUUGCCAUGGCGUAUAGAGUUUAG